UGUCUGAAGCGUCUUUGGCAGUAAUUGACAUUUCUUCGAGCAUAUCUUAAGCGUCUUUGACUUCAAAUUUUUUCUUGGGCUCUUCAUCCGGACCAUAUCAGUAUGUCUCUGUUUCCCAUGUUUUUCCAACAAUGAAAUGACUAUUCAAAACUGAGCCUUUGAUCACUACAUCUGUUCAUCAUCAACUGUUCUCCGCCCUGAACAAGCCCACCAUGUCUAAUCUGCCUCUUUCCACUUCCAAAUUCACUGCUAUACUGUUGCUCUUUCUGUUACCAGUAGCCUUGUCAGCUUCAAGACACGAAGCUAUAGACGCUGUGCUUAAUCGUUUGGAUUCGAAACGGUCCUCCCCGUCAGUUCAAGAAUCAGCGGCUAAAGGUGUUCUGCGAAGAUUGCUUCCUUCCCACUUGCACAGCUUUGAAUUCAAAAUUGUCUCCAAGGAUGUUUGUGGUGGUCACAGUUGCUUUUUGAUAAAGAAUUACAACAAAUCAAGUCAGAAUGGGCCUGAGAUAAUAAUUAAAGGCACCACCGCUGUAGAACUUGCAUCUGGACUCCAUUGGUAUAUAAAAUAUUGGUGUGGUGCUCAUAUUUCAUGGGAUAAGACUGGUGGAAUUCAGAUAAAUUCAAUUCCGAAGCCAGGAUCUCUGCCUCUUGUAAAGGAUGAGGGUGUAGUGAUUCAGCGGCCUGUCCCAUGGAACUAUUACCAAAAUGUGGUUACAUCCAGUUAUUCAUAUGUUUGGUGGAAUUGGGAAAGAUGGGAGAAAGAGAUAGAUUGGAUGGCUCUUCAAGGAAUUAAUUUGCCUUUGGCAUUCACAGGACAGGAAGCCAUUUGGCAAAAAGUUUUCAUGAAUCUUAAUGUCAGUUCAGAGGAUUUGAAUGAUUUCUUUGGUGGACCUGCUUUCCUUGCUUGGGCCCGUAUGGGGAAUUUACAUGCUUGGGGUGGCCCUUUAUCACAAAAUUGGUUGGAUCAACAAUUAAGCUUGCAAAAACAGAUACUCUCUCGGAUGCUAGAGUUAGGCAUGACUCCAGUGCUACCAUCAUUCUCUGGGAAUGUUCCAGCAGCUUUAAAGAAAAUUUUCCCUUCGGCAAAUAUAACUAGACUUGGAGACUGGAACACUGUGAAUAAAAAUCCCCGGUGGUGCUGUACGUACCUUCUUGAUCCUUCUGAUCCCUUGUUUGUUGAAAUUGGGGAGGCAUUUAUAAGGCAACAAAUUAAAGAAUAUGGAGAUGUGACAGACAUCUACAACUGUGAUACAUUCAAUGAGAAUAUCCCACCUACAAAUGAUUCAGAUUACAUCUCUUCGCUCGGUGCAGCAGUAUAUAAAGCAAUGUCUAAAGGUGAUGAGGAUGCCGUUUGGUUAAUGCAAGGUUGGCUUUUCUAUUCCGACUCUUCUUUCUGGAAGCCACCUCAAAUGAAGGCGCUUUUACACUCUGUUCCAUUUGGGAAAAUGAUAGUUCUAGAUCUGUUUGCUGAUGUCAAACCAAUAUGGAGAACUUCCUCCCAGUUUUAUGGAACUCCUUAUGUCUGGUGUAUGUUGCAUAAUUUUGGUGGAAAUAUUGAAAUGUACGGCAUAUUGGAUGCAAUAUCUUCAGGUCCAAUUGAUGCCCAUAUCAGUGAGAAUUCAACAAUGGUUGGUGUUGGCAUGUGCAUGGAAGGCAUAGAGCAUAAUCCAGUCGUUUAUGAACUUAUGUCUGAAAUGGCAUUUCGCAGUGAAAAAGUUCGAGUUCUGGAAUGGCUGAGGAACUAUUCUCGUAGACGAUAUGGUAAAGCUGUUAACCAGGUUGAGGCAGCUUGGGAGAUACUUUACCGCACAAUUUAUAAUUGUACAGACGGAAUUGCUGACCAUAACAGAGAUUUCAUAGUUAAGUUUCCAGACUGGGAUCCAUCUCUUAAUUCUGGAUCAGACACAUCGAAAGAAGACACGAAGCACAUCUUUCUCUCCCUACCCAGAACUAGAAGAUUCUUAUUUCAACAGUCGAGUUCCAAGUUACCCCAGGCACAUUUGUGGUAUUCUACUCAGGAGGUUGUCAAUGCAUUACAACUAUUCCUUGAUGCUGGGAACGAUCUUAACAGGAGCCUCACUUACAGAUACGACUUGGUUGAUCUAACACGGCAAGUUUUGUCGAAGCUAGCAAACCAAGUGUACAUUGAUGCUAUAAUUGCUUUCCAGAGGAAAGAUGCUGAUGCAUUGAAUCUUCAUAGCCAGAAAUUUUUACAACUCAUCAAUGACAUUGAUGUACUUCUUGCUUCCGAUGAUAAUUUUCUACUUGGAACAUGGCUCGAAAGUGCAAAAGAGCUGGGAGUAAAUCCUGUUGAGAUGAAGCAGUAUGAAUGGAACGCAAGAACACAAGUGACAAUGUGGUACGACACAACAAAGACCAAUCAGAGCCAGCUCCAUGAUUAUGCUAACAAAUUUUGGAGUGGACUACUAAAAGACUAUUAUCUUCCCCGAGCUUCAACCUAUUUUGAUCAUCUAGCAAAGAGCCUGAAAGAAAAUGAAAACUUCAAUAUUGUGGGAUGGAGGGAAGAAUGGAUAGCAUUCUCAAACAAAUGGCAAGUAAGCACAGAGCUUUAUCCAGUGAAAGCCAGAGGAGAUGCUCUUGCUAUUUCUAAAGCAUUGUAUAAAAGAUAUUUUGGUUAACAAGAUAAUGGGUUCAUUUAUUUAAAACAAUAAUAAGGCGGGUUCAUCCUAAAUGUUCAAAGAUUUUCUUCUUUUUUUUUUUUU